CACUGGCAAUUGGCCCGCCGGGGUUUUGGUCAUGAAGAAGGCGUUUAGGUUGGUCUGGACCCUGACAUGGUUACACUCAUGGCUUGCUGACUGCUGCCGUUAACCUGCCACCUGAUGCUGUGCCGGAUCCCACAAUGUUGUUCAGUGGGGUUUGGGUUGCAUAGCUUUGACAAUGCCUAUUACGAAUGAGGAUACUAUGAACGGAUUCCAACCAGCAGCGAAGACGACGAUAUUGAUUGGUUUGAAUUGUCAGAUGGGAUGAACUGGAGAUGUCAAAAGGUCAGCGCGAUAUGUAAGUCCCAACUGAGGGUUAGGGUCACUCCUCCACUUCAGCCCACUCCGGCCCCACCCACUAUCUUAUCUUAUCGUCCCAAUCGGCGCGACCAGCCAAAAAAAAGUUUUGGAGUAGUCGCAGCUCAAUCAAACUCGCCCAUUUCUACAGGUUCAAAUCGCAUUCCAAACCACAACCACCCCGAUCCCCACCAACCCAUCACCAAGUCGCACACCAAGCACGACAAGAUGGCCAAGAAGGGCGCAAAACUCGCCGCAAAGGCGCCAAUCGCCAAGUCGCAAUCAAACGGAGUCACAGACAAGAAGAACAGAAGAAAGUCCAACGACCCACCAGUCGAAGCCCCCAUCGCCGAAACCAACGAGGACGAAGAGUGGGAAGAUGAAGACAGCGAGGAGGACUCCAACUCGGAAGAAGAAGGGGGCGGCGUCGACUUUUCCAAACUAGAAGACAUCAACGACUCCGACUCCGACUCAGAAAUCAACAAUUCCAACUCCGAAAACGAGGACAACGACGACGAAGAAGAAGAAUCCGAAAUCGACGUCGACGACCUCAACCUCGACGACAUGGACCCCGAAGAAAAGGAAGAACUCGCCGCCACCACCCGCGUCCGCCAAACAAUCAACAACAAGGACGCCCUCCUCGCCGCCCUGAAGCGCAUCUCCCUCGUGCCCACCGACAUCAAGAAGGCCGCCUCGGUCCCCUUUGCUUACCACAUGACCCUCGUCACGUCCAAACCCACCCAAGAUGUCAUCCCCUCCAUCGACGACGACCUCGAGCGCGAGCUCGCCUUCCUCAAUGCGGCGCGCGAGUCGGCUCUCAAGGCGAGGAACUUGCUCAAGAAGGAAGGGGUGCCGUUUACGAGACCUACCGAUUACUUUGCCGAGACGCUCCGCAGUGAUGAGACGAUGGAGGCGGUGAAGCAAAAGAUGAUUGAGGCCGCAACGGCAAAGAAGGCUUCUGCCGAGGCGAGGAAGCAGAGGGACUUGAAGAAGUUUGGAAAGCAGGUUCAGGUGCAGAAGCAGCAGGAACGGGCCAAGGAGAAGAGGGCCACGUUGGAGAAGAUUAAUGAGUUGAAGAAGAAACGCAAAGACGGCGGCUCUGCCUCUCUCGGUGCGAGGGAAGCAGACGACAUGUUUGAUGUCGCUGUUGAUAACGAGCUUGGCGGCGGCAACAAGGCUAGCGGCAAGAGAGGAAGGUCAGGGGGUGAUCAUGGUCCUCCUAAUGCCAAGCGUCAGAAGAAGAAUGAAAAGUAUGGAUUUGGGGGCAAGAAGAGGUUCGGCAAGAGCGGCGAUGCGAUUAGCUCGGGGGAUAUGUCGGGCUUCAGCGCGAAGAGGAUGAAGAACGGGGGUGGGGCGGGUGAUGGGAAGAAGACGACGUUUAGUGCUAUGAGUGCGAAGGCGAAGGGGAGUAAGCCUAGGUUGGGGAAGGAUAAGAGGAAGGGCGGGGCGGGGAGGAGGUAAGCCCAGAGGUGGGGGUGGUAAAUGUGUAAUAGGAAGAAGGGAGUGCCUGUACAGUGAUUUUUUUAUGGUAAUGCUACGGGGCAAAAUAAAUGUCUAGCGUCAACAACGGAGA